GAGAGCGAAGACUUGGAGAGGCAGAACGCUGCCCUGCGCCGGGAGAUCAAGCAGCUGACAGAGGAGAUGAAGCACUUUGCCUCAAUGCUGAGCUCCCACGAACCACUCUGCUCCAUCCUGACAUCCCCUCCGCCACCUCCAGAAGUGCUUUACGCCACACACUCCUUCCACCAGCCCCACAUCAGCUCCCCACGCUUCCAGCACUGA